GGAGUUGAGUGUGGUCGGAAUGUGUGCGAGCUGAUUGUCAGAUGUAGGAGAUGGAUUAAGAUGUGCGGAUGAAAAACUAUUGCAUAAAGGAUUGGUCAUCGCUCUCCCAGCCUUUGCCACCUCGAGCAUGUUCCCCUGCCUGGCACACAGAUCAUGGCAGGUCUUCUGCAGGCUCUAUUUGCAAAAGCAGGCCCAUCUGUCUCAAUUACCACUCAAAGUAACACGGCCAUGCCAUGGAUGGCGAAUGGGGGGUAAGAGCCACAGCCUGUGGUUGUGUUUCCCUGACCACCGAGGUACCUCUUUCACAUGGGCACGGGUUCAUUACUAUUCCGCUGAUGGCAGCAAUAAAGGUGGACCGGCACGACUACCAGGCCCUGAUGGGACUAGCCCCCCUGACAGAGUGUUCACUGCCCAGGCUUCCAAAGAGCCAUCUGAUCCCAAAUAUCAGGCUCUGGCAAAAGUAGAGGCUAUUCAAGUGAAAGUCAGGGCAGUGCUGAAGAAGAGAGAAUACGGAUCCAGAUACACCCAGAACAACUUCAUCACUGCGGUCAGAGCCAUGAACGAGUUUUGCCUCAAACUUAGUGACCUGGAGCAGCUGAGGAAGAUCCGUCGACGUAGCCCUCAUGAUGACACAGAGGCUUUCACAGUCUUUCUACGCUCAGACGUCGAGGCCAAGGCCCUGGAUGUGUGGGGCAGCAUGGAAGCACUUGCACGAGAGAGGAAACACAGAAAAGAGGAGGAGAUGGAGUACAAGGAAAAUCUAUUCCGAAAUCAGCAAUUGUUGAAGGAAUACAAAGACUUCUGGGGAAACACAAAGCCUCGGUCAGGCAAGAGGACAACUUUCCUCCAGGGGCCAGGAAAGGUGGUGAUGGUAGCUAUAUGCAUAAAUGGGCUGAAUUUCUUCUUCAAACUCCUGGCAUGGGUUCACACUGGAUCAGCCAGCAUGUUCUCAGAGGCAAUCCACUCCCUGGCUGAUACAGCUAACCAGGCUCUGCUUGCCCUGGGCAUCAUCCAGUCUGUGCGUAACCCAGACCCCAUCCACCCGUACGGCUUCACCAACAUGCGCUACAUCUCCUCCCUUAUCAGCGGAGUGGGCAUUUUCAUGAUGGGUGCCGGCCUGUCUUGGUACCAUGGCAUUAUUGGACUUUUGCACCCUCAUCCAAUCGAGUCACUGAUCUGGGCCUACUGUAUUUUGGCUGGAUCUCUGGUUUCUGAAGGAGCAACACUGCUGGUGGCCAUUAACGAAAUCAAGAAGAGCGCUCACAAGCAAGGAGCAUCUUUUUACGAUUAUGUAAUGCAGAGCCGAGACCCCAGCACCAAUGUGGUCCUGCUGGAGGAUGCUGCAGCUGUUCUGGGCGUGGUCCUGGCUGCUGGCUGUAUGGGCUUGACCUCGCUCACAGGAAACCCGUACUACGACAGCCUGGGCUCUCUGGGCGUGGGCACGCUGCUGGGCACUGUCUCUGCUUUCCUCAUCUACACCAACACACAGGCUCUGCUGGGUCGAUCCAUCCAGGCUGAGCACAUGCAGAAGCUGACUGAGUUUCUGGAGAGUGACCCUGCCGUGAGGGCAAUUCACGACGUGAAGGCCACAGAUAUGGGACUGAGUAAGGUGCGAUUCAAGGCAGAGGUGGACUUUGACGGGAGGGUGGUGACGCGCUCGUACCUGGAAAAGCAAGACAUUGAGCAGAUCCUCACUGAGAUUCAGCAGGUGAAGACUCCAGAGGAGCUGGAGGCCUUUAUGUUGAAGCAUGGGGAGAACAUUAUAGACACCCUGGGAGCAGAGGUGGACCGCCUGGAGAAAGAGCUUAAGCAACGCAAUCCAGAGGUGCGGCACGUGGAUCUGGAGAUCCUCUGAGGCAGUGAACCUGGCUCUGGGCAGGGGGCGAGGGGGCAGGGGGGGUAGUUCAGGAAGCAGAGCCAGCAUGAACACGGCACUGAAGGAGGCGCAGAUGAUCUGGCCCUGGAGCAGCCAGUUCAGACCCACCCAGACGAAGUCGUACCCAGGAGCAGCCCAGUGUCUUCCGAGCACUCCCCAGAGCAUCGUUUCAGUCUGUUUCGUAAGCCUACGAUGCAGAAACUGUACAUCAUCAUCCGCUGGAUGCAAAACAGUCAUACGUGAAAUAUGGUGGUCUGUUCUGAGCUUUAUCAGUGAGCCAGUGCUCACAAACUAGGCUCACAAACUAGGCUCACAUGUACACUAGUGCUGAUGUAAAAUCAGCUCUUUCAUGUCUAUUUAUAUAGUGUUUAGUAAGGUGUGAAUUGCAAAAGCUCAUCCUUAAACAUUUCACUAAGAUGAUACAUGGCUAGAUUUAUUUAAUUCUUAAAUCAGAAAUAAAAACCUAUUAUCCUAUUGGCUAUCCUUACCUUCUGGGUGAGGUUCUCUGAGAAAACGCCUUCUGUAAUAUUCACCUCAUGAGCAUCUGCAAACACUUUCUUAUAAUGUACUUGGUGAAUCACUAAAUGAAGCAAAUAAUUGUCUUGGUAAUAAUGAGAGUCCUGCCUUUUGACCAGUAAAGGAUCAGUUUCUCAAAUUGGUUGCUCUCCAAGCAAAAGUUCUUUAUUCCAGAAGUGUCCAGUUCACUAUGCAGACUGAUACAGAGUGCAAGGAUGAGUAUUUUGCACCUACAUGGCACAAAAUAUUUGAAGACUUAGGGAAGAAAUGUUUGUCUUUUUGAAAGCAUAUGCUUUUAUAGUGUGUGUGUGUGUGUGUGUGUGUGUCGAUAGAUAGAUAGAUAAUUGCACAUUUUUCUUCAAGAGCUCAUGAGAAUUAUCUGACGAUAGUUGUGUUAUGCUGUCUCAAUGAAAGAGGUGUACCGAUUCAUUUAUUGGUCACGGUUAUUAAUUUUAUGAAGAUAAAAGGCAUGUGCUGGUAGUUUCAUGAAAGAGGUAUGAUUAGUUUUUGGCUACUGAACUCAUUGGAUAUAUUAAGACAAGUAUUGUGAGAUGAGAUUAGAACAGGGGUGUCAGUGUCUGUUCUGGAGGGCUAGAGUCCAGCAAAGUGUAGCAAUUGCUUUGCUCAGACACCUACUAAACUUGGCAAUUGAUUAAUGAGUUGAAUCAGAUGUGUUUAAUUAAUAUCAGUUAAUGUAGUACUAUGACGUUAAGCCCUGCUAUUAGAGGGCCAGAGCACUGUGCUUUGGUGAUUGACCUGCUUAAACACACCUGAGUCAACUCAUCAAUGAAUUGCCAGGUUUAGUAGGUGUGUCUGAGCAGAGCAAUCGCUAAACUUUGCUGAACUCCAGCCCUCCUGGACCAGACAUUGACACCCCUUGAUCAGAAUGUACUGCAAGCUGCUUUCAAUCACUUAUUAUUAUUAUUAUUAUUAUUAUUAUUAUUAUUAUUAUUAUUAAACAUUUCUCACAGGUGUCCAUUUCAUUUGCAGUUUAUCAUGUCAUUUUGACUGCUGAUCUAAAUUCACCCUUCUGCUCAACUCUUCCCCUUAUCAACAUCAGUCAUCACAUGAAAUAUGAAAGUCAGAGCUGAGCCUAGCACAGCACUCUUAAGGUUCAUGUUUUGAUGCAUACAGUAUUUAGGUACACACUAAAUCAUAAUGCAACUGACAAGGUGCCAAAAGGUCUUGAAUCAAAAUCUGCAAUAAAAUGUCUAUGGAGACAAUCCUGAGAUCUCAACACAGAUGUCAGUUAAAGUAGCAUCAGUGUACGCUGCACAACUGAUGGGGUGGUCUUUUGUUAUCAUGUUCAGAACAUGCCGAUUUGGCACCCUCUCCUCAUCCUGCUAACAACAUUAACAUGGUGCUAACAAUUUCUCUUGUGGGUAUACAUUAAAAGUGCCAUUGAUCGUGUUCUGUUUGCGGCCAUGGUGUGUAUGAACAAAGCAGCUUGUUUAUCAAUUAACAGCCAAGUCCAAAGCAGCUGUGUCUCUCCAUUGUAAAUGAUCGGGUUACGGAAAUGACUGCGCUUUUCAAAUUGUGUUAUGUGGCAGUGCUUACAUAAACGUCAGAAAAAGAACCCCCAGGAGCAAAUGAGUUUUUCAUCUGUACCUAUUACUCUUGUUUUGGUUAAUUGAAAAGGUGCUCUCGCGUUACCUUGUUGUCUCCCAUGCUGCUGUGAAGUCAAAUGCUCCAGCUGUGCUUAGUACUAGAUGAUGCAUCUGUAGAACUACAUGUUCCUCCCUAUUGACUCCGUGUUAUAUUUUCCAGACAAAUAAGUUUGAACUAAUACGCCUGUAAGCUUAGUUUAAAUGCUUACUCGGUGGAAGCUGACGGCUGGUUAUCCUAAAGGUUCUUUGUAAAUGUUGAUCAAAUCUCACAAUGCAUUUUGGAUAGAUUAAUGGCUCUCUAAAAGAAGCGUAAUAAAAUUAAGUUUAUUUAUUGAAUCA